AGUAACAAAAAAAACAGAGCAUUUUCAACCUUUUCAAUCCACCCUAGUGGAAUGAAAUCAUAUCGAUAAUUUAGAAAAUUUGAGAGCCAGAUUAUCACCAACAAACUAAACCGAAAAUGGCGCUCAUAAUCCACUCCUCAUCAUCAUUUCUUACCAAGAAACCCCAUCUCCUUCUCCACGCGAAACCUCUCCUUCUCUCUCCAGCCAAACCCUCACUCUUAUCCAUCAAAUCUCAAGACUCCACCACACAACCUCCAAAACCAACCAUCACCAGCCAACCAGCCGACGACACGUCAUCCACUCUGAAGCCCAGCUCAUCCGGCCUAGGGUUUGGCUCAUCUUCAUCUUCGUCUUCAUCUUCUGCCAAAUCAAUCCCAGACCCAGCUAGUACCAAGAAGAAACAGAAAGGUAGGAGAGAGAGGGCAUCCGUAAUUCGCCGAUCACCGGUGGAAAAACCCGGGUUUGUUUCGCCAUCGCCACAAGAAGAGGCUCAAUCCAAGGAGCAGGGCAGGAAUGAGAGUGCUUUUCUUCUUGCUUGGUUAGUGCUCGGUUCGAUUAUUCUGAUCGAGGGCAUUGUUCUUGCUGCUUCAGGCCUCUUACCGGAAGAGUGGGACAAAUUCUUUGUGAAGUAUCUGUACCCAUCUUUUACCCCAACAGUCUUCCUUUUUGUUGCUGGAACAGUUGUGUAUGGAGUGACGAAGUAUCUGCAGAAUGAGAAACUCACAGGUCCAAAUGAUCGUUCGUGAAUGUAAACUGGUGUUUCUGGUUUGUAAGAUAAGGCGACUCUUACAACUUACUAGGGACUGCUGAUUAGUUUGUUCUUCUUAUACCCUUUGCCUGUAGUGCCUUUCUUGAUGGACCGUAUGUACAAUAUCAUGACCAAUAUCAAAUUGAAAACUUCUACAGAGAUUUUCCAUAAUGGAGUCACAUAUAGUGGGUGCUUGGAGUUGAAUCUGUAUGCAUAAUUUUCUAGAGGGAAGUGGCCAUCCGAUGUACCUCUAUAUGCAAAUUGGCCCUUCAAAUUAUUCUCUGUGUUGUCUCCAUAUUUAGAUUAAUCUUUUCAGGGUGAACUGUUUCAGAAUUUUUCUAAGUUGCCCCUGUAAAUUCUAAUAACGGAAGUUUGAUCUCCAUAAAUCAAGACUAUAUUCAUUUUUUUCUUCUUUUAA